AUGUGUGAUUUAUUUCCUCAUCAGACCCCAAACGACCACCCAGAUUUAGUUUGUCGCGUUUUUCGUCAAAAAUUAAAAUGUCUAAAAAAGGAUUUGCUCUAUUAUCAUGUUCUUGGCAGAGUAAUCGCUUAUAUAGAUGUCAUAGAAUUCCAGAAAAGAGGUUUGCCUCAUUGUCAUAUGUGCCUUAUACUAGAUAUAUCUCAUAGGCUACCAACGGCUGAUACUUAUGAUGAGGUAGUUUGUGCUGAGAUUCCUAACAAAAUAACUGAGCCUAAGUCGUUACAAAUUAUUAGCAAUUUUAAUAUACAUGGGCCAUGUGGUAUAACAUUUCCUAAUAGUCCCUGCAUGAUUGAUGGAAAAUGCUCAAAAAAAUAUCCUAAAUCAUUUGUGGAUACCUCUUCUAUUGAUAAGUAUGGUUAUCCUUUAUAUCGGCGACGAAAUGAUGGAGUUACCUUCCAAAAAAAAUUAAACGGAUUUAUAUUUAACAACCGUUGGAUUAUUCCUUAUAAUAAACAUUUAUCAAAAAAAUAUAAUGCACAUAUAAAUGUAGAAAUUUGUUCUUCUGUCCAGUCCAUAAAAUACCUUUAUAAGUAUUGUUACAAAGGCCAUGACAGAACUACUGCAUCUCUUUUUAUUAAUAAUGUCGAUGAAACUACCCAGUUCAUUGAUGCUCGAUAUAUAUCCGCCAUAGAAUCGCUAUGGCGUACUCUGGAUUUUGAAAUGCAGGAUCAUUCUCCUGCAGUCUAUCGCUUAGAACUUCAUAUACCUAAUCAACAUUUGAUCCUUUUUCAAUCAAAUACUGAUUUAAAUAAUAUAUUAACUAAAAAUCCUGGUACAAAAUUAACCGAAUGGUUUAAAAUUAAUGAUCUUGACACAGAGGCCAGACAAUAUAUUUAUGCAGAUUUUGUAAGAUAUUAUGUGUGGAAACCUGUAUCUAAACAGUGGAUAAAACGACAAAGGGGUGAUGAUAAGGUUAUUGGCGGUAUACGCACAGUUUCUCCUAAAGAGGGUGAGGUUUUUUAUUUAAGACUAUUACUUAAUUAUGUAGCUGGGCCAACAUGCUUUGAAGAUCUACGCUAUUUUAAUUGA